AUGGGGAGCUCAUUGACUGGUAACGCUAUUCAAUACAUCUCGAAGGAAUUUGCGGUGAAUUCACAAGUUCAAAAGGCUUUGCCAAUAUCCAUGUUUCUAGUCGGAUAUGUUUGUGGCCCAAUUGUAUGGGCGCCCCUCAGUGAAGAGUAUGGGCGCCGACUCAUUGUCAUUCUAACAUUUCCUCUCUUUGCGGUAUUCACAAUGGCCUGCGCCUUAGCUCCGAGCUGGUCGGCAUUUUUGGCAUUCAGACUCCUGGCAGGCAUGGUCGGAAGUUCAAUCGUGGCACUGGGUCCGGGUAUCAUAUCGGACAUCUAUCGAGACCCCACAACCAGAGGUUGGAGCAUAGCAGUAUUUAUGGGCGUCACUGGAUUUGGGCCUAUGCUGGGGCCUAUCGUUUCAGGAUUCAUCUCACCAGCCGUAGGCUGGCGCUGGUCCUUCUGGGUCGCUCUGAUAUUUGCCGGGGUGACAAUGAUCUUUGUCUUGUGGUUUCCAGAGACUUACCAGCCUGUUCUUGUGAGAAUUUAUGCCCCCAAUCAUUUCCCAGAGUCUCAAAUGGAAGAUCCGCAACCCUUAAAGCACCGGAAUCGACAGUGGAAAUCAAUCUUUCGCGGAGUUCUACUACGGCCGCUUCAUCUUCUUUUCACGGAACCCGUUCUUGCUGCGUGCUCUAUGUACCUGGCACUUUGCUACUCUAUAUUUUACAUGUCGUUCGCGGUCUUCCCCUACAUUUUCCAGGAAGUCUAUUCUCUAUCGCCAGGUCAGUGUGGAUUGGUUCAACUGACAAUCGGUGCCGGUUGCGCCUUGAGUCUACCGAUCUAUUGGGCAUACGAGCGGAUCUUUCUCGGUUUGGUUGAUAUUUCUUCUGCACGCAACAAGCAAGAACUUUAUCGCUUACCACUUGCGUGUUUGGGUGGUCCAUUAUUCGUGAUAUCCCUUUUUUGGCUGGGUUGGUCUUCUCGUGACGAUGUUUCCUUCGCAGUACCAAUGAUGGCUGGUAUCCCCUUUGGGAUAGGCUUCAUGUGUGUCUUCAUUGCCAUUCUAAACUAUAUCACCGACGCUUAUCGACUUUACGCCGCAUCUGCUAAUGCUGCUUCAAGUUGCAGUCGUUCAUUCUUCGCAACAUUUCUACCCCUUGCUAGUUACCCUAUGCUCUCACACCUCGGGAUUGCCGGAGCUUGUAGUUUGCUAGGGGGGGCUUAG